AUGUCAACAACAGAGAACACAACAACAGUUAUAGUCCAUGAAGCUAUAAAUGAAGAAUAUGAGUGGGUUCAGUUUAACAAACAACUCCGUCUCAUUCGUUCGGUCAAAGACGAUAUGUACCAAAUGCAAAGUAUUUUGACUGCUCUUCGUUCUACAAAGCAAGCACGUCAUUGGUUUGAAAACCAACAGACAAAAGAACUUUUAGAAGAAUUUCCUCAUAUGUUUGCGACCGGUAGAAAACCGCGGGUCGAGAUUCCGUACGAAAAUCGUGAAAAAUUGCCAAACGGUUUGAGAGGAUAUUAUGUACAUAGACUUCUUGUAAAUGCUGUUGCAAUGUGGGCUUCACCUCGUUACGCUUGUUAUAUUUUCAUGAUGUUAGAUGAAAUUCAUAGACAAGAACGUGAAGAGAUGGAAAACAAGCUUGAAGCAAAAGACAAAAGCAUUCAGAAAAGAAUACCACGUUCGGUACCAAAAGGAAAGGAAAAGAACUAUAAGUAUAUGAUUUAUACUGAAGAGAUGGAAAAUGAAGAAGAUAAAGAUAUGGUUAUGUUGCAUUUAGUCAGAAGAAACAACAAAAGCUUUUACGACCUUGCUAAGAUUUACAAAUCUGACAGAAAUUGG